AGCGAUUCUCCUGCCUCAGCCUUCCGAGUAGCUGGAAUUACAGGCGCGCGCCACCACGCCUGGCUAAUUUCUGUAUUUUUAAUAGAGACAGGUUUCACCAUAUUGCCCAGGCUGAUCUCGAACUCCUGACCUCAGGUGAUCCGUCCGCCUCAGCCUCGCAAAGUGCUGGGAUUACAGGCGUAAGCCCACCGCGCUUGGCUGGGUCCUUGUCUUGAAAUGUGUCUCUGAGCCAUUAGCCAGGAGCGGCAAAGAGGCCUGGAGGACAGCCUUCCCCCACACCCCCUCCGUUACUCUCAAUCUGAGCUCCAGGUUUGGGCAGUUGAGGAUUAGCCGGAGGCCAAGGACGAACGUGAUAGGGUACGGGAGAAGGAACUCGGCGGUGGAGGGGGUUUUGUGCUCACAUUUAGAGUCAGGUACAUUCCCAGUCCAGAAAGGAUUCUCGAAUGCAGUCACAAAAAGGAAUGCGGUGGAAGGGCUGAGACUUGAGGGAGGGAAGGGUGGUGGGGGUAGGGCCAGGGUGUGGGUGGGUGGAUGGAUCGGGUUAUAUUUAUAUAGGGAUAGGUUGAUCUUGGAAGGCUGGAGACGGCGACAUGGACAGGAAGAAGCGGAGGGCGAGGAGGAGCAGAGGAGCACACAGAUGAAGCCGGUGUUCACGCGUCCGGCCGUCCAUCCGUCCGUCCCCGCUGGUGCCGGCGCUGACCAUGCCCAGCGGCUGCCGCUGCCUGCAUCUUGUGUGCCUGUUGUGCAUUCUGGGGGCUCCCGGUCAGCCUGUCCGAGCCGAUGACUGCAGCUCCCACUGUGACCUGGCCCACGGCUGCUGUGCACCUGACGGCUCCUGCAGGUGUGACCCGGGCUGGGAGGGGCUGCACUGUGAGCGCUGUGUGAGGAUGCCUGGCUGCCAGCAUGGUACCUGCCACCAGCCAUGGCAGUGCAUCUGCCACAGUGGCUGGGCAGGCAAGUUCUGUGACAAAGAUGAACAUAUCUGUACCACGCAGUCCCCCUGCCAGAAUGGAGGCCAGUGCAUGUAUGACGGGGGCGGUGAGUACCAUUGUGUGUGCCUACCAGGCUUCCAUGGGCGUGACUGCGAGCGCAAGGCUGGACCCUGUGAACAGGCAGGCUCCCCAUGCCGCAAUGGCGGGCAGUGCCAGGAUGACCAGGGCUUUGCCCUCAACUUCACAUGCCGCUGCUUGGUGGGCUUUGUGGGUGCCCGCUGUGAGGUGAACGUGGAUGACUGCCUGAUGCGGCCUUGUGCUAAUGGUGCCACCUGCCUUGAUGGCAUAAACCGCUUCUCCUGCCUCUGUCCUGAGGGCUUUGCUGGACGCUUCUGCACCAUCAACCUGGAUGACUGUGCCAGCCGCCCAUGCCAGAGAGGGGCCCGCUGUCGGGACCGUGUCCAUGACUUCGACUGUCUCUGCCCCAGUGGCUAUGGUGGCAAGACUUGUGAGCUUAUCUUACCUGUCCCACACCCCCCAACCACAGUGGACACCCCUCUAGGGCCCACCUCAGCUGUGGUGGUACCUGCCACGGGGCCAGCCCCCCACAGCGCAGGGGCUGGUCUGCUGCGGAUCUCAGUGAAGGAGGUGGUGCGGAGGCAAGAGGCUGGGCUAGGUGAGCCUAGCUUGGUAGCCCUGGUGGUGUUUGGGGCCCUCACUGCUGCCCUGGUUCUGGCUACUGUGUUGCUGACCCUGAGGGCCUGGCGCCGGGGUGUCUGCCCCCCUGGACCCUGUUGCUACCCUGCCCCACACUAUGCUCCAGCAUGCCAGGACCAGGAGUGUCAGGUUAGCAUGCUGCCGGCAGGGCUCCCCCUGCCACCUGACUUGCCCCCUGAGCCUGGAAAGACCACAGCACUGUGAUGGAGGUGGGGGCUUUCCGGCCCCCUUCCUCACCUCUUCCACCCCUCAGACUGGAGUGGUCCUUUCUCACCACCCUUCAGCUUGGGUACACACACAGAGGAGACCUCAGCCUCACACCAGAAAUAUUAUUUUUUUAAUACACAGAAUGUAAGAUGGGAUUUUAUCAAAUAAAACUAUGAAAAUGCAA